UAAUUUCUACCAAUCCAGAAGUACUGCUAAGAUUGGGAAAAGAAGAGUUGCAGAGAGUAAGGAAUGAUCUUGAAAUUAUGCUGUCAACAGUUUUGUUGAAAAAUGGACAGCUGGACGAAGAUCUGAAAAGAGAACAGCAGUGGUACGAGGAACAGGAGCAGACACUACAUACUCUUGAAGAAAUUGAAGAGGGAGAAACCCAAGUUGAACAACCUUCCAUAACAAGUUUGAAUACUAGAGCAGUUAAAGAACUGCAAAGUAAAAUGUUAAAACUAAAUGAAUAUAAGGAAGAACUCUUGAAUGCUCUGAGUGGAAUUCUAGAAGAUUAUUUUCCCCAUCCACAGGAAGUUGGAAGCUCUAAAAAGGAAGAGAAGUCUACAGUAAAGCCAGCUGUAGAACUGAUAACGCUGCAUGAAAUUUUGGAGACUCUUGUAAAUACAUUAAUAAGCAUCCCGCAUGAACCCUACAUAACGAUCGAUGACUCGUUUUGGCCACCUUAUGUUGAGAUGCUGUUACAAUUUGGAAUUGCCCUGAGACAUCCAGAAGAUCCAAACAGAAUACGCCUAGAAGCCUUUCAUCAGUAA